GCUGUCCAGCAUUUCAGCAAGCGGCGGCGGCGGCGGCGGCGCCCGCGAGGAGACAGAGGGCGCGGGGCUGUGGAGACCAGCGGAGCUGCCCUGCCCAGCUGAGGAGGUGGCCCGGAGGCAGUCUGGACAAGCGGGGUCGGAGAGCCUGGCUCGAGCGGCCGGGGGAGCGCGGCAGUCAGCAGGGAGGGCCGAGGCCAGCAGCUCCGGGGCCAGCCGCUAUGUCCUCCACCGUGAACAACGGGGCAGCUAGCAUGCCGUCCCCGCCCGAUGCUGCCAACGGCUUCCCGCAGCCCGGAGCCUCCUCCGGGAACUGGCCGCGGACCGAGGAGGAGAUGCGCGCCGCCGAGCCCGGGCUAGUAAAGCGCGCGCACCGUGAGAUCCUGGACCACGAGCGCAAGCGGCGCGUGGAGCUCAAGUGCAUGGAGCUGCAGGAGAUGAUGGAGGAGCAGGGGUACUCUGAGGAGGAAACCCGGCAGAAGGUCAGGACUUUCCGGCAGAUGCUGAUGGAGAAGGAGGGAAUGCUCACAAGAGAAGACCGGACUGGAGGCCACAUCGUGGUGGAGACCCCGCGGCUGCCUGAGGGCGCCGAGCCCGGCCUGGAGUAUGCGCCCUUCGACGAGGACGACGGCCCGGUGGACUGCGACUGCCCGGCCGCCUGCUACCGCGGGCACCGCGGCUACAGGACCAAGCACUGGUCCAGCAGCUCGGCCUCGCCCCCUCCCAAGAAGAAGAAAAAGAAAGGCAGCCACCGGAGGAGCCGCAAAAAGAGGAGACUAGACUCGGAGUGCAGCUGUGGGAGCUCCUCGCCCCUGCGCAAGAAGAAGAAGGGUGUGAAGAAGCACCGCAAAGACAGGUCUGAUUCUGGGUCCAGGAGGAAGAGGCGGCACAGAUCUCGAAGCCCCAGGAGCAAAAGAAAAGAGAAGAACAAAGAGAGGAAGAGGCCCCAUGAGUCCCCAGGCCGGAGGUCCCACCGCCACAGCAGCGGAAGUUCCCACAGCCCCUCACUCUCCUCCCAGGACAGCGAUUCCAGAUCGCCCAGCAGGCUGAGCCCCAAGCCCCGAGGCGAAGGUCGGAAGACGGGCAGCCAGAGGUCCAGCGGGAGCCGAUCGCCUUCCCUGUCAGGCGGCAGCGGAUGGGGGUCGCCCCAGCAGAACGGAGGCAGCCGGCAGCGGAGCGGAGCGCAGGGGGGCCGCCCGGGCUUGGCGCACAGCCCGCCCGAUAAGCCCAGCUCGCCCUCGCCCAGGGUCGGCGACCAGGCGGAGGCCGGCGCAGCCCCGUCGCCCGCGCGGGGGAAGGAGAGCACGAGCCCGCGCUCGGCGCCAUCGUCGCAGGGCCGAGGAGACCGCGCGGCCGGCGGGCAGGCCCGGCGGCGGCGGCGGCGGCGAAGGCGGCGACGAAGGCGGCGCUCCAGGUCCCCCGCGGGCGCGCCCCGCCGCAGAGGCCGACGGCGCGCCCGGCCCGCGCCGCCCCGGGGCCCGUCGCGCUCGCUCAGCAGGGCCCGCUCCAGCAGCGACUCGGGCGGAGGCGGGGCCCCCGGCCCCGGGCCGGAGCCUGGCUCCGGCGGGCACGGUAAACGGGCCAAGGAGAGGCCCCCGCGCGCCCGCCCGGCCAGCGUCUCCCCGUCCCCGGGCGUGCACGGCCGGCACGGCGGCCCCGAGGGGAAGAGCUCGUCGCGCAGCCCGGGCCCCCACCCGCGCUCGUGGAGCUCCAGCCGCUCGCCCUCCAAAUCCCGGUCGCGCUCGGCGGAGAGGAGGGUCCGCAGCCCCACCCGCUCGCCGUCGCCCAAGAAACCUCUGGGCCGGGACAAGGACGGCGAGGGCCGCGCGAGGCACGGCGAGGCCGACACCGCCCGCGCGCGGCGCCGCUCCCGCAGCUAUUCGCCCAUCCGCAAGCGGCGCCGGGAUUCGCCCAGCUUCAUGGAGCCGCGGCGCAUCACCAGUGCCCGAAAGCGGCCCAUCCCCUACUACCGGCCCAGCCCCUCCUCCUCCUCCUCCAGCUGCCUGAGCAGUGACUACUCAAGCCGGAGCCCCAGCCGGAGCCCCAGCCCUGGCCACAGCCACGGAAGCUACAGCAGCCGAAGUGGAGGGACCCGAAGCCACACGCGCAGCCCCUCCCGGACCCCCAGUCCCAGUUACCACAGCCGGAGCAGCUCAGAAAGUGGCGGCUUCUGAGCCCUUACAAACCCCGAUGGGUGUCCCCUGGCACAGAGAGAGGCGAGGGCUCAGGCCCCAGGAUCCAUGGGGGGCAUACACCCUCUUGCUACAGAGAGGUCCCAGGGCCAGGGAAGACCUUGAGGGUAGGUGCCCUGCAAACAAGGAGGAGCUGGGUUCUGCUGCUUCUAGAGGGUCCCUACCCCCACCUUCUGCCCUCCCACCAUGUCCAGGGAACAAAGAGCCUUUUCGAACACAGGGAUCACCCUGCCCCCCUUCCUGCUUGAUGCCAGCUCACCAGACUUGGGGAUCUCAGCUCAGUGGACCCAGGGACAUCUCUGAAGGUGCCAAUCCUGGGAGCCUCCCCUACCCACUCCGCAGGGCCCUUGGAUCCUCUCCAUCACUAGGCAGGCAAGGAGGUGGGACAGCAAGCAGGAUAUAAGUUAGACAGAAAGAAGAAUGGCCUUGGUAUGCCACCAUCCAGGCCCAGGAGUGCCAGGAAGAGCCAGGGAGCUCACUCUCGGUCCCACCUUUUCUCUCCAGGCCAGUCUCUCCCCUUCAGGCCUCACUUCAUUCCCUGGUCCAAGGCUACACAAGCCAGGCCUUGUGCAUGACAAGAGGUGGGACAUACAGACCACAACGGAAUCUGACCCUGAGAUGACAAGGGGCUCAGGUCAGGAGGUGGACGAGAGAAGGAGUGGAUGGAAGAAGAGCCUGUGAGAAGGGAGAAGCAAUGCAGCCUAAUGACUGAGCAGGCCCUGGUAUUCUCAUGUGCCCCUUGUCUGAGUCACAGGCACAGGAUAGCGCUUCGGGGCCUGCCCACGGGAGCAUUCCUCCUCAGGGUUUGCUGAGGAGGUGGCCAGCCAAGGCUUCCCAGAGAAGGGUGCUAUAGCCCUUGGAAGAAAGGGUAGGAUCUCUACUGAGGGCCUUGGCCUGGGGCAAUGACAGGAAGCAGUGGCCCCCAGCCCUCUUCUGCUGCUCCCAGCCCCCUCCUCCUGGGGCCCUCAGGGAUCUAAUGAAGUCUUCCUUGGCCCAAUAGGGCAGAUGCCCUGGGCUCUGUUGGGGGGAGGGGUCUGGGGUCUGGUCCGGGUUCCCCUCUCUCUAUUUCCCACUUCCUUUUUUUUUUUUUUUUUUUUUUCCCCACGGUGCGGAUGAAACUUGGGACUAAUAAAAUACUCAGUGCCCAAAGGGCAGGUGGUGA